AAAUAAUAAAAAAAUGGGCCCUACAUUUAAAGUAAAAAAAAAAUAGUUUUUAAAUGGCAGGAUUUCCUUUUUUUGUUAAUUUUUUUUUCCAGCAUUCUCCCAAAUGACUUGAAACCAUGAAGAAGCUGCUUCAUUUCAUUGUUACCAUUGCAGCACUUUUAGUCCACGUGCAAGCGCAGGAUACCGCUAUUGACGAACAGGACGCUCCCGAACCUUACGUUCCUCCACCAGUCAAAUAUACGGACAAUUUUCACAUCUUGCAUGACGAAUUAACCCAACCUCACACCGGCAUUACCCGGACUUAUUAUAUCGCAGUCGAUGAAGUUGUAUGGGACUAUUUGCCUGACGGCAAUGACACCAUCUUUAACACUUCCAUCAACGAUUCUCCGGCAAAGUCAUGGAUCAGCAAGUGUAAGCUAUCUAUCAUAUGCAACUAUGUUGAUUCAGAAGCCCAUAUUUACCUUGUUGUAGCUUCGACAACCAUAGGUGCACGGUAUCACAAGGCGCUUUAUCGGGAAUACACCGACGAUAGCUAUCGUGUGCUAAAACCGCGUCCUCAUUGGCAGGGACUGAUGGGUCCAGUGCUCCGAGGGGAAGUGGGUGACACUUUGGAAAUUCAUUUUUGGAAUCGUGCAUCGUACAAUUUUUCGAUGCAUCCUCAUGGUGUCCUGUAUGAAUUCGAAAUGGAAGGCGCUGUGUAUAAAGGCACAUCAAACACCGCUUUUGUACGCCCUGGAGAAAAAUACACAUAUCGGUGGGAAAUUUACCCAAGAGCAGGUCCCGGCCCGAGUGAUGGGAACUCACUUGUGUGGGGAUAUCAUUCUCAUGUCACGGAAAAUGAUAUAUAUGCCGGUCUUUAUGGUGCUAUCAUUGUCUAUAAGCCAGGUACAUUAACUGAAGAUUCAGUCAAAGAUGAAAUUGUCACAUCCUUAUUCGCUUCAAAUGAAAAUCUGUCGCCGUAUCUCGAUCGGACCAUGGCAGAGCUGGCCCCGCAGUUGGAUCUGCAAGCAAUUCAGGAAAAUCGCAUGGCUUUCCGCCAUUCCAAUAACAAACAAUCUAUCAACGGCCUGAUGUUUUCCGCCCCUCGUGACUUGAUUAUACCCACAUCAAAAACGAUCCAGUGGCACCUGUUGGGUUGGGGAUCGAUGAUGGAUCUGCAGGACAUUCGGUGGGAGCAUGGUGCAGUGACACUGUUUGAUAAGCCCGUAUCGCAUAUUCGAUUGUACCCUGCCACUUUCCGAACGGUGCAAGUCAAAGCCGAUCAGAAAGGCGACUACCAAUUCGGAUUCAUCAAUGGUCAGCCUGGUAUUCGUGGUAUGAUCAUGCGUUACAAAGUGGUAUAGACCUCGGCCAUUUCUAUCUGCUAGCAUAUUGUAUAAAAUUUUUUCCUUCUCUGAACAUUAAGUCUUUUUUUUUCUUCUGUGGUCACUGUGUUAA